AUGACCAAACAAGAAUUCAAUACAUGGGUAAGUACGCUCAGCGAAGACGACAAGGCCCGGGCCAGGGGCUAUUAUACUGUCAUACGCCGCGAUCCUACGACAAGAGAUCUCACUAUGGUCGAUUACAACGUGGAGUACGCCCAAUUCUUGCAGCCAGCCGCGGCAUUGUUACGGCAGGCCAGUAAUAUGGUAAGCAAUAAGCAAUUGGCCAACUUCCUGAAGCUUCGCGCCGACUCCUUUGAGUCCAAUGACUAUUUUGAGAGCGAAUGUGCAUGGCUGGAUGUGCCCACCGACUCCGCAAUAGAGGUGACAAUCGGCCCUUAUGAGGUGUAUGAAGAUGCGCUGUUCGGGUACAAAGCUGCUUUUGAAGCGUAUAUCAGUGUGUCGGAUCCGGCGGGCACCGAAAAACUGAAGAAGUUCAGUUUCAGGAUGAGUGAGCUUGAGGCCAAUCUACCUAUCAAAGAGGAAUACAAGAACAAAGCUUUAGUGGGGGUACAGCCCAUUAUUGUGGUCAAUCAGGUAUUCGUGGGUGGCGAUCGCGGCGGGGCAGCCACGGCUGCUUACAAUUUGCCCAACAACGAACAGGUGAUUGCCAAGAAGGGGAGCAAGAUGAUUAUCCUGAAGAAUGUACAGCAGCGAAAAUUCAACCGUAUACUGAAGGACAUUGCAAACGUGGUUAUCGCAGAUGACCAGCUACAGUAUGUCACCUUCGAUGCUUUCUUCACCCAUAUUUUGGCCCAUGAGAUGUGUCACGGUAUCGGGCCCCACACCAUCACUCUCGAUGAUGGCACAACUUCCACGGUGGGAAGGCAAUUGGAAAAUCAUCACAGUGCGCUGGAAGAAUCUAAAGCUGACGUUGCAGGUUGCCGACUAUUCGGUUUGAACGAGGCGCACGGAAAGGGUCAAGCCUUGCAGUUGAUUUAUAUGCUCCGCGAGGGUGGUUUCAAAUAUGACGAACAGACAAUGAAGUUCAGUGUAAAUUUCGAUACUGUGAAGCAGAAGUUCACGGAUCUGACUCGGCUAAUCAUGGAAACUCAGGCCAAGGGGAACAAGGCGGCCGCAAAGACAUUACUGGACGAAUAUGUAGUUCUGACUGACCCGGUGAAGACCGCCCUGGCCAACAUAACAGCGACAGGAGUGCCUGUAGAUAUCGAACCUGUUCGUCUGAUGUGA